AUGAGCAAGAAAGUUGAUAAUAUUUUGAUUUCACCUUAAAAUUCUUAAUAGAUCAAAGCCAGUCCCAAGAAAUUCUAAAUAUUUUCUUACCCCUGCUUUGGCGUGCAAGAAAAUAUCCUCUAAUUAUAACAGAUGAGGCUGUGUAGAAUAUCUCGAAGAGCAAAAAAGUAAAUAAAUGUUAUGAACUCAGAUAUAAAUGGAACAAUCAAAGAGACAAAGACCAUCCAGCGGUUAUCUCAUAUAAUCUGUGA